UGUGUGUGUGUGUGUGUGUAUAUAUGUGUAAUGCGUGUAUGCGUAAAAGUGUUGUUGUUGUAUUUGCCAUGCAGACAGCAACUUUGUAUCCUGCUGUGGUUUUUGGGAUCUGCUUCAUCCUCAACUGUUUUAUCUGGGGAGAACACUCGUCUGGAGCGGUCCCAUUCACUACAAUGUUGGCCCUACUGUGCAUGUGGUUUGGCAUUUCCAUGCCCUUGGUCUAUCUUGGCUACUACUUUGGCUUCCGCAAACAGCCGUAUGAUAACCCUGUACGCACCAACCAGAUCCCUCGGCAGGUCCCAGAGCAGCGCUGGUACAUGAACAAGUUUGUCGGCAUCCUGAUGGCUGGGAUCCUGCCGUUUGGUGCCAUGUUCAUUGAGCUCUUCUUCAUCUUCAGUGCCAUCUGGGAGAACCAGUUUUAUUACCUCUUUGGCUUCCUUUUUCUGGUCUUCAUCAUUUUGGUGGUGUCCUGCUCUCAGAUCAGCAUUGUGAUGGUUUAUUUCCAGCUCUGUGCAGAGGAUUACCGGUGGUGGUGGAGAACUUUCCUGGUUUCAGGAGGCUCGGCUUUCUAUGUCUUUGUUUACGCCGUUUUCUACUUUGUCAACAAGCUGGACAUUGUGGAGUUCAUCCCCUCCCUUCUGUACUUUGGCUACACCGCCCUCAUGGUCUUGUCUUUCUGGCUGUUAACGGGCACAAUUGGCUUCUAUGCCGCCUACAUGUUCAUCAGGAAAAUCUACGCUGCGGUGAAAAUCGACUAGUUAUUGCUGGUGCUGCUGUUUUUUGUUUAUUUUUUUCUUUUCUUUUUUUUUUUUUUUUUGUAACAUUCUAAAUAUAUAUAAAAAUGUUCUUCAUGUCCAACAAGCACUGACUUGAGUGCAGAAGGAAUGAGAGGGUUGCUUUCUACAGUGCAUCAGUCGCAACUUCUGGCCUCACAAUAAAGAAAAGCAAGGUGGCAGAUCUAAAACGGCUGUCACCUUGCUUCUGCCUCCCUCCUCCUCCUUUCCAGGACAUCUAGAGGAUCUCUGUUCUGCCGGGACUAUUAAUGUCCUCUGCUGUUUCACCUUUUUUCACAAAGACAGGGGGCCAAAGCUUGUCAAACAAGGGUUUCUGCACAUUUUAUCUUUUUUUGUGUGUGUGUGUUUGUGUGUGUUUUUUUGAUUGUAACUUAUCCAGGUUUUUAUUUUGUCUUCAUGGGAUUUAUCUGUGUCUUGAUUUCUAUUGGGCCUCCCAGCAGGCUACUUCCUUCUGGUUUCCCCACGUAAAUUCUGUUUCUACACUUUCUGCUGUCUCCAUUUUCAGACGUGACCUUCUUUUCAGAGACUUUACAGAUCAGGAAAGGAUUGAGGAUCGUUUCUGUGGUUCUGUUUGUUGUGUUGAACUCAUGGAUGGAAACCACCCUGGGAAGUUCUACAUUGUAACACAAAGAUGGAUAAAUUAAAUCUAUUGUGGUUUUUUUUUUUUUUACUUCAGUUUCCAUGUCCUGGUGUGACCAUGUUAACCACAAUUGUAAUCCAAAUAUUAGCUUCUCCCUCCCAAACACUGGGUUUCUUAUUCAUGUCAAAAUAUUGCUUCAUUUGCGCUAAAUGAAGCAGAACUGCUCAGAAUGGGACUGAACUUGAAUAUUUGAACCCAACUAUCCAUUUUAUAUUCAAAAGCCUACAACAUAAAUAUGUUUUUCCGCUCGUUAACCAUGCCAUCAGUGUAGCCUUAGCAGUGCCUGAGCCUGCUGAACUAUGCAGUAAUGGGGGGGAAAAGGUGCAAAUUGCAAAGGUUGUUUCAGAGGACCAUUUUUAGUACGAAAUGCCUAUUUUCUUUCCUUUUUGAGCCUAAUGUACCAUACGUUUGUUUGUAUAACCUGAUGUGUUUGGAAAGCCCAGCAAGAUCACCUGGCCGGUAUCGGAGCUUAGAGGUCCUGGGGUGUUUUGAAUGUAAUUGACAGGGUUCUUAUUAGAUGUGUACAGUCUGUGUUUUGUGCGCUGCAGAUCAUGUGUUUACCUUUCUUUUCAAAUUAUAUGUAUUUUUCAGCUUAAAAAACAUGCAGUUUUGGGUGGAACCUGAUUUUAAAAAAAAUGCUUUACCUUCAACUCAAGGGCUUCAUCUAGGUAACUAUUUUAUUUUACAGUAGCAAAAUUGCAAUAUGUAAUAAUCCAGUUGAGCAAAUAGAAAUAAACUUAUUCGCUUCCGUUAAAAGCUAGGUAAGAAGACUGAUACCACUCACAUGACUGUUUGUUAAAUAUGAGCUAGUGACAGGUUAUUUUCAGCAGGCAUAAAGAGGAAAGAUGACAUUCUUGCUAUGUCUUAAGGCAUAUAACCCUGCAUCCAUGUGUUCCCAUUAGUUGAAAAGUCAGACAAAUUACUUCCCAUGUUAUUCAGUCAAAAUAUCAACAACGCCAUGGACAAUACACGUAUGCUGGGGGUUUUAUUGACUCCCUUUCUGACAGUUUGAGUCGCCCAAUUUUUACUGAAUACAAAACCUGAAACAAGUGAUGCAGAUCUACAGAGUUCUGUAGGACCAACAGUCUCUUUGCAACAACAGGUGCCUUCAGGUGGUAAAUUAGAAAGAAUGCAGGUCUAAGAUUCUAAAGCACUAGCUUCACUUUUCAGCCUAUGGACUAAUCUAGGUUACUUUAUGCAGAGCAGCUCUAACCAGAUACCAUAUUUCAGUUGAAUGCUAGCCAAAUUAAAGGUAAAAUUUGCCCCAUGAAAUUUCUUAAAUCUGAAUGUUUGUUAAAAGCCAUUUUAUAUUAUAAACAGUGUAAAAGGAGGAAGUGGCUACUCUGACAUCAUCUGUUGGUUUCUAAAGUUGUGUUUUGAAGCCUCGAGUUUGGCGUUUUCAUCAUUGCCAUCUUGGUUUCAAAUAACUGGAUGUGACAAGGGGGGUAUGGCUGACCAUGAAACCCCUUGCUCAUUGGCUGACAAUCCUGUGAGUCUCGAGAUUUACAAAAUAACUUCAUUUUUUAGUCAAUAUGACUUGAAAUGAGCAACUAAGCUACACAGAAACUAUGUCCAUGUUUUAUAUCAUCUGUGGUUUUUAUGUAUAACUUCAACAACGUAUUCCAGCACCUGUACACAAUAAAUCAGCCUUUUGCUGGCGAGGAGUAGUGACCAUCUGUACCAGAUUACCUGGUCAUCCUUUUUUGCUAAGCUAAGCUACCUGGUCACAAGGGUUAGUUUAAUUUAGAGAAAACUAACUGGCUGCUAGCAGUAGAUUGCGACAGAAACAUUAGUUUUUGGUCUAAGGUAAGCUAUCUGGUACCUAGCAUAAGCUUUUCUGUUUAAUAUGGGUAUUAAUAUAUGGUCUUAAUGCUAGGCUAAGUUAACCUGCUGCUAGCAGGAACUUUGCUCAGAUUGUGAUGUCAACAAUCCAAUGCAUUAUGGGACUAUAUAAUGAUAGGUGUUGCUUUUGAGUUUGAAAGUAAAACUGGGGACAUUAGAACACAGAUAUUAGUGUUUAUGGUGUGCUAAGCUAGCCAGCAGAUAGCAAUACUUUCUUAACUACAUAGAGACAUAAGUUUUUGUGCUAAAUGUCAGUAAUGUGUGGUAUCACUCUACUUAGGAAGACGGCAACAAAAGUGCAGAUCAGUAUCACUAAUACAGUAUAUCUGAAGCAGUAUCCAUAUCUCAAGUAGAAAACAAUGGAUGGUGUCUGCAGAAUGCCAGGUUAUCAGACUGUAUGUGGUGUGGUUUUAAAGGAAAAUAUAUUUGCAGUAUAUUUCAAUUAGGACUGGAUGUCUCAGGCCAAGGCCUUUUUUUAAUCAAGCAAAACAAAAAGAAGUACCUCGCAGAUUUAUGAGAAACUCAAACCAUAAACUACACAGCAUGUAAGGUAAUAUUUAGUACACACUUGUAUUUGUUACACCCUUGACAGAUUUAGUAGGGUUAUUGAAAUGCUUCACUUUUGCACAAAAGUACAGAUGAGAUAUUUGCCUAGAUAUACCCUGAUUCUUCAGGGCAAGAGGAAAGAAUGGCUAACUCAUCCUCAUGGUCUCUCCUUCAUUAUCAUCAGCACUCAAGCUACAGACAAGCUGCUUAAAGAGAUCGAGAAGGCAAAAUCAUUUGAAGUUUCCCCCUGCCACUUGCUAUGUGAAACAACUAAUCAAAGCCCCAAGGAUCCCUCAGUUGAAAUGACAGGAUCAUUACUUUUUACUUUCGUCCUUUAUUUGCUGAACCACCCUGUGUUGUGUCAGAGUUUCAGAGCUCUGAUACCUGACUGCUGUCUAAUAUAAGGACAGACACUCCUCUCCUGCAAGUGCACACACCAGGGGAGAUUUUUUACAGACUUACUUUUAAGAGGCCGAGUCAUGCAUGUAUAAUUGAAGGUUUUACAAUGUAAAUAAAAGAAAACAGCUUUGUAUUUGUUGCAUUUUGCUGUUUGUGGCGCUCUCUGUAAUGAUUCCUGUCAUCGUUUUAGCCAAAAAGCAUGAUGCUCUUGAUGACUUUUAAAGAAACUUGUUUGUUAUUUUUCUCUUUGUUUCUUUUACAGAAUGUCCAAUUACAAAAUGUACCACGACAAAACAAUAAAGUGAUGGCAAGUUGAAUAUGAAA